UAACGAUGAAUUUGAAACGGUCUUUUUGAAAUUCGAAUCAUUCGAGUGGAACAACAAUUUUGUUGUACUAAAUCACUCUAUAAAAUGUAUUAAAUUGAGACGUAUCCAAAGAAUACUGAUUUUUGACACAUGUCAAAAAUGCAAUGUUUUGAUCCAGACAACACAAUUUCGACUCCAAAACAAUGAAUUCAAAAUCUACUCACGUCUGCCGCUUAUGUCUAGAAUCCAGCGAUGACGAUUUACUAAACAUCUUUGAAAAGUUCCAAGAUUCAACUAUUGCCUUGGUCUUAGCUAAGCAUUUCUGGUUCCAGAUCGAUAAAAAUGAUGGGUUGCCGGAAUGGGUGUGUGAAAUAUGUUGGAUCCAAACGAAAACGUUCCACAAUUUCUACAAGAGACUGGAGUUUCGCCAUAAGAAUUACUUGAACUCGAUCGUCAUGGUAAAGGUUGAUGAGAUAAAGCAAGAACGAAGUGUUAGUCCAACGGAGGAAGCAUUAGAAGCUGAUUUGAGCUUAGUCAAAUGUAAUGAAGAGACAGAUAAAUUGGAAACUGAUGGCAUGCAGACAAUUAAGGAAAGCGACAGUUGUGAUGAAGAUAACAACGAAAAUAGCUGCGAUCAAAGUGAUACUGAACAAAGUUCUGAUGAAGAAGAUAAGCCGAAAAACGAAGACGUUACUACUAAUCGGACACUUCCCGUUGAGCCACAUAGUCAAUCUGAAGUAGAGAAACAGGAUGCACAGAUACGUCGAUUUUUCAAGAUGAAAUGCGAAAUUUGCAGUGACGUCGAACUCGAUACAUUAAAAAGGGCGAGAAAACAUUAUCGUCAAGCGCACAAAACGAUAGGCUAUUUGACCUGUUGCGGAAAGAAAUUUAAGUUCCGCUACAGGAUGUUGGAUCAUAUCCGGUAUCACGUUAAUCCAGACGCACACCGUUGCGAACAGUGUGGUAAAAGUUUUAAAGACAGACAGGCACUAAAGAUUCACGGAAAAACUCACGUACCACUGAAUUUGCGUGACCAUAAAUGUAGCUUAUGCUCCAAAAUUUGCACGACCGCAGCAUCACUGAAAUAUCAUGUACAACACAAACAUCCCACGGACUCAUCUGAAACAUUUCCUUGCGACCAGUGUGACAGGAUUUGCCAGUCGAAAACAUUACUAGCCUGCCACAUACGAAACGUUCAUGACUCUUCGUUGGAUCACGUUUGCGAGAUAUGCGGCCGUACAUUCAAACACAAUACCAGUCUUCAAAACCACAAAGAUAUAGAGCAUUCUACAACACCACCGCCGAAAGUUCAGUGCGACAUCUGCGGUACUUGGUUGAAACACGAACGUAAUCUUUGGCACCAUUUAAAAAUACACCAAGAAAUGCAGGAAGCUCAGGACGGUAACUCACAGGCUGCCAGUUGUCCGACCUGUAACAAAAAGUUGCAGAGCAAACGAUUGCUGGCCACUCAUAUUCGAAAUUCUCAUGGCGAAAGAAAACAUCAGUGUACAUUUUGCGACAAAGCAUUCAAGACACCGAAAAAUUUAAAGGAACACAUAGCCCUUCACACUGGUGUGGAUUUGUACUGUUGUCUGUACUGUGACAGGACUUUCAAAUCGAAUGCGAACAUGUAUUCACAUCGAAAGAAGGCCCACCUAGCAGAAUGGACAAGAGACAAAGCAGAAAAGGACAGAUGCAAUCUAGUAGCACCUAGUAAAACUAAAACAGCAGAUAAACUGAUGGAUGAUUCAUGAAUAUAGCACCGCAAUCAAUUAUAAUGUUUGUUGCGAGGCAAAAGGAUGACUUUUACUGAGGUAUUCUUUGGCCAACUUACUCCUUUUACUCAUAUUUCGAUUCCAAGUAGAAAGUAGCCGAAGGCUUCUCGUCGAGUGUGCCUUUACAACCACGCUGUACGCAUCGUCCCUGAGAAACUAAAAAUAAUUUGAACCUCAGAAACUAGGUUCCACUUUUGACGGGUAGGUCUCUUGACUGAAUUGAAACAACUACAGUAGGAUCGUUUUCAAACAUGACUGCUGAAACCAAUAAACUUCUUUGUAAACUACGCAAGCUAUGGAGGUAAAUUUUCCACAUAACUAGUGGGAUGGUGAACAAUAUUUUUGGUACAUUGAAAUAGACACCACACUGUGCUUAAGUUUACCCUUAAUCGAAGAAGUUCAAAUGAUGCAAAUUCGAGUUGUAUGAUGUCCUCGAGGAAGGUGCAACGUUAAAAGUGACCCAGACUUCACAUUUUGACGUAGAAUUUUAUCAUUUUGACCAAAAUUCGUUCCUGUAAAGCUCAAGAUCAGCCAGUUAAAAAUC